AAAAACAUGGAAUUAUGAACAUUUUUUAAAUGAAUUAAAAGAAAUAAUCACCAAUUCACCACCAUAUACUGAAGACUGGAGCGGUUUAGAUGGUACAUGGUAUAACAGGUAUAUUUAUCAUGCCAAGUACGAUCCAGAAGUUUUACUGAAGUUUUCGGAUAAAGAUAAUAAACGUCGGCAAAUGAAAUCAUUUUUUCAAGAUAUUAUUCUUGAACGUGAAAAGAGAAAUGCCGGGAAAAAUUAUGUAAUAGAAGGCGUCAAAGUUCUUAAUGAAGCAAG